AUGGUAAUUGCUUUUUUAUUCAUUCCUCAAUUGGCACACCAAAACUCUCCAAUAGCCAUAACGUCUAAAACUUUAAUUGUGUUUGGAUUUAUGGCUCUCACUUCUAUCUUGUUUUCCCAAUGUUAUUGUAACCGUAGAAGAAAACACUUAGUCCGACGACCACCUCUCCCACCUGGCCCAAAGCCAUGGCCUCUCGUUGGUUGCCUCCCAACAAUGUUAAUCAACAAAUCCCCAACACACCAAUGGAUUCAUUCAGUAAUGAAGAAACUCAACACUGAAAUUGCUUCCAUACGCCUCGGAAAUACUUACGUAAUCCCUGUCACUUCUCCAGAACUCGCUCUUGAAUUUCUUAAGACUUAUGAUUCUGUCUUUGCAUCACGUUCUUCUACGUCCAACGCUAUUUAUAUCUUAACUCGUGGAUAUGUCUCCACAAUAUUAUCACCAUUGGGAGACCAAUGGAAGAAGAUGAGAAGAAUCCUUACAUCAAAAAUACUCAAUCCAUCAACUCUCCAUCGAAUGCUUGGCCAAAGAACCGCCGAAGCUGAUACUCUUUUACGCUAUAUUUUCACCCAAACCAACAACAAUAGAGGAGGUGCAGUGAUUAAUCUUAGAAGCAUAACACAACAUUAUUGCGGUAACAUUCUUAGACAAAUGCUAUUCAAUAGAAGAUAUUAUGGCAAAGGAAGGGAAGAUGGGGGGCCAACUUUUGAAGAAGAAGAACAUGUUCAAGCGUUGUUGACCAUUGUUAAGCAUAUUCAUGCAUUUUCUAUAUCAGAUUUCAUGCCUUGUUUGAAGUCAUUUGAUUUAGAUGGACAUCAGAAAAUUAUGAAGAAUGCUUUGAAUAUCCUUCAAAAGUAUGACGAACCCAUUAUUGACGAGAGAGUGCAAGAAUGGAAGGACAAGAAAAUUAAAGAGGUAGAGGAUAUUCUUGAUAUCCUCAUUUCACUUAAAGAUGAGAAUACAAAUUCGUUGUUGUCAAUUGAAGAGAUCAAGGCUCAAAUCACGGACUUACAAAUUGCAACAAUAGAUAAUCCUUCGAACGCAGUGGAAUGGGCAAUGGCGGAAUUACUUAACCAACCAAAAAUUCUUGAAAAAGUCGUUGAAGAACUGGACAAAGUAGUUGGAAGAGAAAGGCUAGUUCAAGAAUCUGAUAUCCCAAAACUCAAGUAUCUCACAGCUUGUGCUAGAGAAUCUUUUCGGCUUCAUCCGUUUUCAUCCUUCAAUGUUCCUCACAUUUCCACUUCUGAUAUUGUUGUGGCUGGCUACUUUAUUCCCAAAGGAAGUGAAGUGUUGCUUAGUCGUUCAGGUCUCGGUCGAAAUCCAAGGGUUUGGGAGGAUCCAAUGAGAUUUGAUCCAGAACGUCAUCUAAAAGACGGAACAGUUGAAUUGGGAAUUUCGGAACCCAAUUUGCGUUUCAUCACCUUUACUAGAGGGAGGAGAGGUUGUGCUGGUAGCUCACUGGGCACUAACAUUACCAUGAUGUUAUUUGCUAGACUUCUACAAGGGUUUACAUGGAGUUUAAUGGCAGGAAUCACAAAAAUAGACCUUUCUGAUACUGGUGAUCUCUCUCUCUCGAAGCCAUUACAUUUGCAUGCAAAGCCACGUUUAUCUCAUAGUAUGUACCCAAGCCUUUAUUAA